AUUCGUUCACGCAACUCAAUUUCGAAUCGUUUGCUUAUUCAUUCGUUCGUUCGUUUGUUCGAUUGUCAAAAAAAACAAAAUCAAAAUUAAAUUGACGGUUUUUAUAAUAUUUUUUGUGAUACUUUCCCUCUUUAAUCCGAUGGUGAAAAUGGUACCACUCCCCAAUGAAAUGACUUUAAUUGAAAACCGAUCGACUUCCAAUAAUUCGAUUGGGUUAUUUAUCAAUGUUCCAAAACUAAAAAAAAUCAUUAAAAUUGACUUAAAAUUUGAGAUCCUAGAGGACAGUCAUAUUUUUAUGGAUCUCAUAAACAAGACAAGUGAUGAAAUACAACUACAUCUACCUCAACUACAACAAGUGCCACUACACCUACAAUGAGAAGGGGAAUUCUGGAGGAGGAGGAGAAGGAAGAAACAACAACUACAACAGCAGCAACUACAUUAAAAAAAGAACUCCUGGAAGAAGAUACAACAAAAACAGCUACAUCAACAACUACAACCCCAACCAAUCUUUUUGAUUUUCAUAGCGAAAAUGAAAGUGUUGAUCAUAUAGAAAAUAAAACCAUAGGAGAAGAAAAAUCAGAAAAAAUUGAUAUGGGUAUAAUUGAUAGUGAGAGAGAAUUUGAAAAC